AUGACAGAGGCAUUUAAUGGGAGCGACUGUGAGCGAAUCGGUACGCUGUUGCAACAAGACCUUGAACAGAGUCUAGGUCAAACAGAUGCGUUUGUUGAGUUUUUGAUCACCAACAAAGCACUUAGCGAUUUAAAUAUAGUAAGGCAAAAGGCCAUCGAGCAGCAAACGUCCGGUCAGAAGAACAACAGUCUCCCAGUUGACUGGCAGAAGCAACUGGCUAAUGUCGAAUAUAAUGCUUUUUCAAAGAAUAGUGCGACCCUGCAAGAACUGAAGAGACAGCACGAUAUAUCGUCACAACAGAGGAAGAAGAAAUACAGUGUAGAUUUUGAUGCAGUGGAUGAUACAGUUAAUAAGGAGGAAGAAGAAGAACUAGAACUGAUUGCAAAAAAUGGUUCUGGCGAUGAAUCUUCGCUGGCGGAACUGCGGAGUCGACUUCUCGGGAAGAACAAGAAUCUCAGCGUGGCUCAAGAUGGCUCUGAAGAAACCGUGGAAAAAGCCAUGCAGGUGCAAAACAGUAUGCAAGAAGAGCUGAUUGGAGACAUGACGCAGCUCGUUUCGAGUCUGCGACAAGGCGCCGCGGCUUUUCAAACCGCUCUUCAAGAAGAUACCACGGUGUUGAAGGCGACAGAAAUUGGUCUACAGACGACUUCAAAGAGUUUGUCUACAUUGGGUGGAAAGCUCAAGAAGUAUCACAACUCCAAAUUCGGUCUUCUUUUUUACCUGGGAUGUAUCUUAUUCAUGAUUGUGGGUCUACUGUUAACCUAUAUGAUUGUCAAAAUAUUUCCUAAAAUGUGA